ACAGCCCGGGAACAAGACAGAAGUAAAACGUAAAAGUUGUAUUUUGUAAACAAAUCCAAAGCCCUCGAUCUACGUCUAGAUUUUCCGAGAUCCAAUAAACAAAGUUUAAAACAAAACAAAACAUAAAAUAAUUAACAAUUUUCAAUUUAAGAUGUCCUACCUUCUCACUGAAAUCGCCCUCGACAUGUUGGGUUAUAAAUUUUACGACACAAACGGCACCUAUCACAUAACCGACUUUCAGUCCACCUCCUCAGCCAUCGAUCCCGAUGAAAUGUCCCUCGAAGACAUCAUCUAUCCCAAAGAUGUACAAUCGGUCGACACAAAUUCUGAUUCCGAUGAAUGUGUAGAAGUUCCAAAUUUACCUGUUCCCUCCAUAUCUGUCAAUCAGGAUCAACUAGUACUGCAAAAUAUAAGAGAGUCCAUUGAAAAAGAGGUCGAUAGUUUGCGGGAAGAGAUUUAUCGCAAUAAAACAAAAUUCAUAGAAGACAACAUUAAGAUCAUUCGCAAAAGAGAUAAAACAAGUAAGACGACUCCGAAGGAGAUUUUAGAUCCGUACAAUCAAAGUGAGAAUCAGAAUUUACGUCGAGAAGCUGAGAUGUUGGGUGAAUUUUUGAAGAACGUUGAAGAAAAGUUGGAGGAAGCAAAUCCCGAACAAUUUAAGGAGUUGAAGAGAUAUAGAAUGGAAGAGUUUUUAUAAGUGCAAAUAGUAAUUAAUAAAAUAUUUUUAAGAACAUAAAAUAUUCUA